AUGAUUGGUGGCGCUGGAACAUGUUUCUAUGCAUUUAUUGGCUUUGAUGCUAUUACAGUGAGCAGUGAAGAAGCGUUGAAUCCGAAAAGAUCAAUGCCAAUUGCUACUGGUGUAUCAGUUGGUGUGGUUACACUCCUGUUUCUGUUGGCUAGUCUAGCCUUGACACUUUUUGUACCAUGGUGGACAGUGGAUCGACAAGCUGCUUUCACAUCUGCUUUUCAUAUUCGUGAUUAUGAAUGGGCCACAUAUAUAACAGGAAUUGGUUGGCUACUUAGAUUAAGUGCAAGUCUAUUUACAAGUACGUAUGCUAUGCAGAGAGUGGUCUAUGCAAUGGCCAGUGAUGGUUUAUUGCCUAAAUUCUUAGGUUAUUUAUUACCAUCUACUCAAGUAAGUUAUUUAAUGUUAUAUUGA